AUUUCAUCUGUUGCAAGAUACCCUCAGACAGUAGAUUCUUCAUGGCUGCAGGGAGACGUCACAGAGUCUGAGUGAUGGGGUCAUAUCCAGCGCUGGCGUUCAUCCUGCUGUUUUCAGCAACUCUGUCCUUCAGUGGUGAUGCUGGAAAAGUGCUGGUUUUCCCUAUAGAUGGGAGUCACUGGCUGAACAUGAAAAUCCUGGUGGAGAUGCUUCAUUCUCAGGGCCAUCAAACGACAGUAAUACGUACCUCCACCAGCUGGUAUGUUUCUGAAUUUUCACCUCAUUACACCUCCAUCACCAUCACCCAGGAGCACUCACAAAACAUUGAGAGCCAGGACUUCAUGACCUCAUUUUUGAAGCGGUCAAUAGAGAUCCGUCGGAAUAAAGGCUCACCAUGGGCGUUUGUGGAUUUUUAUAGGAACCUUUUCAACCUCAUGAGGGAGAACCAGGUAGCUGUGGCAAAACUGGUCACCACCAUCUUUGAGAAUAAGACACUAAUUCAUGAGCUGAAGGAAACUGGAUAUGAUCUUUAUUUGACUGACCCUGCAUUUCCAGGUGGAGUGCUGUUGGCACACUAUCUCCAGCUUCCCAUGGUUUUCAAUGUACGCUGGCUUUUCAACGGAGAGGCACACUUUGCCAUCGCCCCUUCUCCUUUGUCCUACGUGCCUCAGUUGUUCUCUGAGAACUCUGACAAGAUGGACUUUUUCCAAAGACUUGAUAAUAUAAUCCGUCACAGCAUUUUGGUUUACAUGUACUACUAUGUCUCAAAUCCGCCUUAUCAGGCUGUGUGUGAUCAUUAUUUUGGAUCUGAUGUCAGCACCAUGUCUCUCAUCCAGGGAGCUGAUCUCUGGCUAAUGCGGGUUGACUUUACAUUCGAGUUCCCUCGUCCAACCAUGCCCAACGUCGUCUACAUUGGAGGCUUCCAGGGUAAGCCGUCCAAACCUCUUCCGUCAGAUUUAGAGGACUUUGUACACAGUUCUGGUGAACAUGGUGUAGUCGUCAUGACUCUGGGGACCCUGCUAGGCGACCUCGGCCCCGAGAUAUCAGAGAUCAUCGCAUCAGCAUUUGCCAACCUCCCUCAAAAGGUUGUGUGGAGACACAUUGGGAAGAGGCCCAUCACUCUGGGAAACAACACCAAGCUGGUUGAUUGGCUGCCUCAAAAUGAUAUUCUAGGUCACCCAAAAACCAAGGUUUUUGUCACCCAUGGGGGUACUAAUGGGAUUUACGAGGCCAUCUACCACGGUGUCCCAGUUCUGGGCAUUCCUCUCAUCUUUGACCAGUACGACAACAUGGUCCGUAUGAAGAGCCGGGGGGCGGCUGAGUUUGUUGACGUGACAACAAUAGAUGUUGAGGCCCUGACAAAUGCUCUGAAGAAUAUUCUAGACCCAGAAAAGCCACACAAACAGAAUAUGCUCAAACUGUCACAGCUUCAUCAUGACAAACCUAUGAAACCCCUGGACACUGCCAUUUUCUGGAUAGAGUACGUCAUGAGGCACAAGGGCGCAGCACAUCUGCGCACUGAGUCCUACCAGUUGCCGUGGUAUGCUUACCACAGUCUAGAUGUGAUGGCAGUCCUUGUAGCAUUUGGUCUUCUGAUCAUUGCUUUAGUUUGGGUUUCCUGUAGAUGUCUCAUUGGAAGUUUGAUAGGGAUAAAGAAGUCCACAUACAAGCCCAAGAAUGAAUAGAUUAAUAUAAUGAUUAAAACAUGAUUGAUGCUGUUGAUAAGAGUAAGAUAAAACAUACCAGUAAUUUACAGUGUUAGAGAAACUAUGGAAUAACAACAGGGACAACAUACAGGACUUACAUGAACAGCAGUGGGAAAGCGAAUGAAAUUCUAACCCUGUAAUAACGUUAAAAUGUUAAAAUUAUGAGUACCAUUCUGUGCUGUCUUGCACAGUGAUUCAUGAAUUAGUUUUAAAAAGUUCUGUUUUUUAGUCUCCUCCCUGCUAAUUAGUUAUCAUUAGUUGUAUACUAAAAUGCCUGUGACUGUAAAAGUCACAAAUGUAAAAACCACAUGAUUGGAGACAAUUAAUUUUUUUGUUCUUAUAUAAUCAUGAUUAAAAAUAAACAUGAGGACAAAUGAUGCAAUUAUUAUCAAGACAACAUAAUAUAUGAUGUAUCUUACAUGAUUUCAUAAUUCUUCCAAGGAAAGAUUGUGGGGCAUUGACAGAAUUCUGAAUUUCACAAAAUUACCUUGAAACAUGUUCACUUGUGUUAAAUUUCACCGGCAGCUUGUGCCACCGGCACACGGCCAGCGUUUGAUAAACUGUUGAACAUCUGACGAGCUCGCUGGAAAAGUUGUCUGAGCUGAGCAGGAAUAUUUUCAUUUCCGUGGAGGUAAACCAGAGGGUUGAGAGCACUGUUCAGACACACAAGCCCACGACUUAUCUGAUGAGCAAUGUAGACUCGAUUCGACCAUCCUCGACACAUCCGCUGUUUGGACAGAACUCUUGACCAGAGGUUGAGGUUUUUGAGUACAUGAUAGGGGAUGUAACAAACAGAGAAGAGAAGAAUCAAGAUGAACAACAACUUCAGACUUCUCUGUUUCUGUACCUUGUCAGUUCUCUUCAUUGUCCAUAAAACUACAGACAUGUGUCCAUAGCAGCCCAGGGUGAUGAGGAACGGGAUACAAAACCCAGUGAGUGUCCAUCCAAGGCUGUAUUUCAGGUAAUCCUCAACAUGAACCUUACGGGUGGUAUGGUAACAUUUUCCAGUGCUGUUUCCAAAUGUUUUGGGGUAAAACAUGUCUGGAAGACUUUGAACACUCACCAACAGCCAAACCAUGACUGAGAUAGUCACAGAGUGGGUGACAGUUAUUCUUCCCAUCACUCUCACUGGAUGGACAAUG